UAAGUCGGAUGUAUAGGUUGGCAUGUGUUUGUGCAGCUCUCCCGUUUCAGGGCACGUUUAUUUGAUCAGUAAUCACAUUCUCUUCAGGAACUUUUGUUUAUGUUCAUGCCCUUCAGAUUCGUCUGUCGUAGCCUUCUAUGGCGAACGGCAUCAGUUCCCAGGGAACGUCUUUCAGCGAACGCACAGAUGGUGGACUCAAGAUAUUUCGUCAACAAACAGCGCACAGCACUAGUAGUGUGUAUUUUUAGAAAAAUAGAACCAUCUACUGCAUGGAUAUCGUACAUACCACACAACGGCCUUAGUUUCCUUUUCCUUUACAAAACGUACGAGAGUGUCAAAAACAAAAUCAUUGCGACACAGCAGCGACGGUGGCAAGCCCUCAGUGAAUACUGUCAGUGGCAACUGUGGGAUCGUGAACCUGUCUUUGUUGAGCACGAAUACGAUCAAGAGAGAGCAGCGCAGAGAUCAAUGUCUGCGACAUUAAACACUACAGCCCCUACGAUGAGCCUGCUUGUUCACUAUCACUCUCCUUCACCACAUGUGCCUGCAGGUGCAGGUGCAAUGCACUCACAAGAAGUCGGACUUGAGUUCGGCCCCAGCAUCCAUAAACCCUAUUACGCCCAAGGGGGGCCAAUGAGAGCCGACAGUGGAGUGUGCAGCAACGUGAACAAGAAGAAGAGCCAUGUUCGAUCAUCAUUAACGGAGGCAGGGUGGACACCGACGGGCAGGGCUACGCUGAACAAGGAUAGCCGAAGACGACAGGGAGGGGAGCGCUCAGCGGAGCCUAGACCGGAUGCGGAGUUGGACCUGGCCCGUGAGCCAAUAAUGAAAUCCGAUAGGGCUGAGAGGUCCUCCUCUCCUUCUCCUCCUCCUCCGCCAGAGAUAACGUUAUCACUGUCUUCAAACACACAGUUGACAUCUUGUGCAGCAUCCAUGCUAUGCGUGCCUUCUUCCUCUUCUCUCCAUUGCCCUUCUUCGAUCAGCUCUAUACCACAUAGCCCUCCUCUGCCGCCCUCAUCUUCAUCCCCACCACCUACAGCACCAGCACUCAACUCAUGUUUUAUCGCCAGUCCAAGCAUGCCAGUCGCAACACUCUCGCCUCCAUGCUCUCAGUCGCUCACAGCCAAAUGCUCGAAACCACACCCUGACUGUCCGCCGUCGCCGUCGGUCCUGGCAUCGUCUCUGCAGACGGUGAGAUAUGCCAGCGAGCGUGGUAGGCACCUGGCUAGGCAGUCAAGGACAAGUCUCCACAGACUGCUAGACUCAGUCAUGGACAGUACCCCGCCCUCACUGGCAGAGUCCAAUUCCAGGCACUAUUUUUAUUCCGAAAAUAAUUGCUCGUCCAAUAUCAACACAGCCCCUGGAUCGUCUGCUAUCACCUCAUCGCACACUGCAAUCAUAUCAGCACACCGACCGACGAUAGGUCCACGAGCGAGUACCAAAGCCAAGUUCUUUGUCUGCGACGAGGACAGUGAGGAGGAAUUAGAGACAGGAUCUUUGGAUCAAGAUAUUGACCGGGGCACAGGCGCCCUUCAAGCAAUGCCGAAUAUGGAACCCAAAUGCGACCGUGGUCAGGAGCGCGUACAUGGCGAUCAGAGUGAAUUCGAAGACGAUAAAAAGAGCUUUCCCGGAUUGGCGGUACCACAUACUCACCACCGGAUAUACUUCCAGCACCCGUCGAUUGCUUGCGCUUCUGGGGUGGAGGGGAGGAGGCAGUCGCUGCUCUCAGAUUUGUUUAUGGCAGAAAAACUCUUGGCGGCUCAGCGCGCAGCAUUAAACAAAGGAGCACAGGGCAUUGCGGCACAGAAGACUCCAUCGACAUUGUCAAAUUCGUCCUCAUGCUGCCACAGCACUGCAAAUUCCGAUGGAGAGGCUUCACCAUCCAAGACUACUUUGCUUCACCAGCAUUAUCGCUCAACUCGGGAACAGCCGCACCAGACAAUAUCUGAAUUAGAACAUCAGUUCCUUCAAUCCAACCAAAGCCAGCGUUUUGGCGAUCAUCUCCCUGCCCAGCAGCAUGACGAUCUGGUUGUGACCAAGGAUGUAACCAGUUAUGACAGGACGCCUAGCUCGCCCUUGAGGAGGACCAAAAAAUCCAUGUUCAAGAAGCUGGACGAGCUGGCAGUGGAUACUGCGCUCACGGAGGACACUUCAGAAAGGGCGGCAUAUCUCUCGCCAGCAUCCUUGCCACAGUUUGCGCCACCUUUAUCCAUUCCAUUUCCAGUCGCGCCAGCAACAACUGCAUCCGACAAAGCCAUUUGUAAAACAAAUCUUGUAACAACAUUACCAUCAGCUUCUGCACUUCCCCCAUUCAAGUGCUCAACCAAACAAAAUAAUCUCUCCACUCCACCAUCAUCCGCAGUCAAGACCUGCCGCUGUACACCGGCGACGCCGACCACAACUACUGCCUUUGCGACUGCGACAUCGAAAUACACAGCGACUGCGUCAUCAGAAUCUGCCGCGAGUAUCGCUGCCGCUGCUGCCAAUUCUGUUGGCGGAGGGGGCGUGUUUUCGGGCUGGUCCCGAGUAUAUCAUGUCCAGACACAGGUCCAUUCGUUGUAUGGACAGUUGACUUCAUCCAUUCAGCGCGCACUUUCGACUGCUACGGCAACGUAGGAAGCCAUUCAGGAAUAAACACAUACAGCCACGUAGCUAUUCAAAGACAGCUACAUUACAUUCAUACUCUUUGUUUUAUUAGGAAUGGUAAUUCCAGGCAGAUAAAAUUGCUUCCUGCAUGAAGAAAUGGCACUGGCAUCAGAAAUAGUACUAGAGCGCUCCGCAAAGUGAACAAAGGGAAAUGCCAUGGAGGAAAGAUAGGUUUUAUUGACCUAGAUAGCCAUACGACCAGCACAGUUUGCAGCAAAGCCUAGAAUAGACAGCUUGAUUAACGUGAUGGGUAGUACCGAGUAAGAACUAGAUGAUCUGCCUGGAAGCAAGGUUCUACUUGUUAUGAGGAUAGAGA